AGCUGAGCUGACAAAAAAGUUUUGAGCACUAUAAAAACACCAAUGUUUGUGUUUUUUAAGAUGAAGUAAAGUUAAAUACUAGAAAGAUUAUUAUAAAAAAAUAAGUUAGCAGUAUGACAUGUUUUGAUAAAAUAUGCCGUGCAUGUUUAAAUACCAAAGAACAUUUUAAAUAUGUUUUAUUUGAUAAUGUUCCACCGGACGUAUAUGCGUUUUGCACAUCAAUUGAAGUGUUCCAAACUGAAAAUUUACCUAAAACAAUAUGCGAUAGCUGCUACGAUCUUCUUACAGAGUUUUUCAACUUUAAACAAACUUGCAUCAAUUCCCAAAAUACUCUACUGGAAUGUAAAAGCAAUGUAAAAACAGAAAAUAAUGAAUUAACAAAAUAUAGUGAAAUAGUCACAGAUAUACAAGUAAAUGACGAUCAUGAUGAUGAAAUUGAAGAUACAAUUAAGGAGGAAAUUGUGGAUGAAUUCAAAAAUGAUGAUUUUGAUAAUUGUGAUGCAGAAAAUGAUAUUACAGAAUUACUUAAUCCUAUGAAAAAAAGAAAGAAGAAAAUUUCUACAAAAGAUCAAAAGAUAUCAUCUAAAAAUUCGAUAAAAAGUACUGCACCAAAAAUAAAACUGCCUAAAAGAUAUAAAAGGCCACACCUUUUUGGCUGUAAACUUUGCAAGAGAAAUUUCUGUUUUCCCGAACGUUUAGAAGCACACAAAUUGGAACAUGAGGGUAAAGAAGCAACAAUACUUUGUAGUAUAUGUGGUAAGAAGUUUGACACAUGGAGUGGUCUGUGGAGGCACAAAGCUAGGCACUCGCGUGCCCCCAUCAGCAUCCAGUGCCGUGAGUGCGGGAACACAUUUCUCACGCGAAGCGCACUGACCAACCAUAUGCAAAAGCAUAAAGAACGUAAUCCAUUAAUAUGUGAUGUUUGCGGCAAGAAAUUCAUCACUACUAGUGGUUUAAAGAAUCAUUUGGAAAACCAUAACGAAAACAAAGUUCAAAAGUAUGAAUGUAAAGAGUGUGGUAAGAAAUUCUUUACAGUGUUAAACUUACGAUCUCAUAUAUCGAAUCGCCACAAAGAGAAAAAAACAGUAAUAUGCCACUUGUGUUCACGUCCAUUCAAGGAUAAGCACAUUUUAAUAAGGCACAUUAACUUACAUCAAGGUUUGAAAAAAUUAAAAUGCGAUAUAUGUGAGAAAUCUUUUGCAAGGAAUUAUGCUUUAAUUGAGCACAAAAGAGUACAUUCCGGUGAGAGACCAUUUUCAUGUAACCAUUGUCCGAAAAGAUUUUCAACUAAAGUAAGACUAAAUGAACAUAAUAGAAUACAUACUGGUGAAAAGCCAUAUAAAUGCGAAGUGUGUGAAAAGACUUUUACCCAACGGGGUACUAUGACGAGGCAUAUGAAGAUACAUGAAAAAUUGCCAACUACCCACAGCUAAUUUAUGGGUUAUAUAAAUCAACUGUUAGUGAUUCAAGCAUUAACGAUACUGUUUGAAAUAUGUAAAGUAUUAAAUAAAUAAAAUUGAUCCUGAAGGGUUUCAGAGGUCUAGAAAGAUUGAAAUAAAACAAAUUCGUACUUUAA